AUGGUGGGUCUUGACGCGUCCGGCAAGACCACGAUUUUGUACAAGCUGAAGCUCGGCGAGGUCGUGACCACGAUUCCGACCAUCGGUUUUAACGUCGAGACCGUGGAAUACAAGAACAUUUCGUUCACUGUGUGGGACGUCGGAGGGCAGGACAAGAUCCGCCCUCUGUGGAAGCACUACUACACAAACACCCAGGCUGUGAUCUUCGUGGUCGACAGCAACGACCGUGCGCGCAUUAAGGACGCACGCGAGGAAUUGCACAAAAUGAUGAACGAGGAUGAGCUGCGCGAGGCGUUCUUGUUGAUCUACGCCAACAAGCAGGACCUGCCGAACGCCAUCCCGGCGACGGAGCUGUCCAACGAGCUGGGCCUCAACCAGUUCGUGAUAUGUGUGUUGCUAUGUGAUGAGAUUUUCGCUCCGUGCAAGGGUGCGUUGUUGCCGUUGCGUCGUUUCGACGCCGCUGUGUAUGCGUCGCGUCGCCACGGCCUGCCGGCUUCUGGCAGUCUGCAUUAUGUAGACAAAGUAUUGGCCAGCUACGUGCCCUCCGAGGCCGAAGCGGCCUCCAAAGUAGUAUCGUGGCGGUCUGAGACCUGGCCGACGCUGAGCCGAUUGUUUGCUACUUCCAUCGCAGGGUUGAGAAAAGCGUCACUUUUGAGUGAGCUUAUGAUCUCGGUAAAAUGUUCGCUGGAGGCACUGGAUGCGGCACUGAUGCCCUUUCGUGGUGUCCCAGUGAUAUAUUUACUGUUGUACCCCGACGUGCAGAAAUUUGCCUCCACUUACAUGCGUUUGUUGAUGUCGCAAUGCCGUAAGUUGGAUUCACAUGCGCACUUGACGGCUUUGGAUGCCUCUCCACGGCUGAUGUCUAUUUUACAGGGGCAUUCGCAGUCCAUGAUAUCGAUGAAGGGUGCCGCGUUACGGUUCAUGGGUUCGCUCAAGGUAAACGUAGCAGCCAACCUGAAGCAGCCCCAUCAUCGUAUCGUCAACACUUCAUCCGUUUACUGGGGCGUGGUUCACCGUUCGGCGCGUCUGUCUGGUCUGCUGGUGUUUUCGGCCGGGUGUUGCCUGUGCGCUGUGAACCGCGUGCUGCUGCCGUUGUUGUUAGGCGAGUUGUUGCCCUCCUUGUCACGCAGCAUCGGGUUGGGUAGUUUGGCCGGAUUGUCGGAUAUGCUGUCGCUGCAGGUGGAGUAG